CAACUAAAUAUAAAAAAAAAAAUAUAAAUAUACAAGUAAAUUGACCCUAUAAGAAUGUAAAAUUCAUGUACACUGAUAUGAGCCUGAGGUAUUUAUUUUGGUAUGUAUACCAAUGUAAAAAGAGGGUGAGUAGGGAGAUCCAAUGUAUACCUGACACACGGUGCGUUCAAGCAGUAAACACCUGCCUCUUGCACACCUUAUAUAUCCCCCGUUCUUUUUCAUCCCGAGACUCGUAAUAUAAGCACCUGGAUAUUUUUCAAAUAAGUUCAGUUAAGCUCUGUGUCUCUUUGAGUGAGGAUCGUGUAUUUUAAAUUCAAUAUAAAAUUUAUUUAUUUAUAUUUAAAAUAAUACAUAUUUUCAAUUAAUAUUAAUCAAUAAUUUUAGUCUCUUUAUGAGACUUUAAAAUAUUGACAAUUAUUGUCGUGUUUUUUUUUUUAGAAAUAUUUUUCUUUUUAAAUUAACAGAAUGAAGUGUUUUGUAUUGUUGAUGAUAAUUGUCGGGGUGUUGAGUGAUGAUAGUGAUAAAAAUAAUGAAUUAGUUAAUACAGUAAAACUUCUUCGUGAACAAGUUGAUGCAUUUAUUUAUAAUAGACAAGCUGAUUAUAAUGCACUUGAGGAAAGUUUAAAAUUAGCUAUGGAAAAAAAUACUGAAUUAACUGUAUUAAAAAAUGAAGUUAAACAAUUGAGGAAGGAAGUGGGUUCCUUGAGCGGCGGAAGCGGCAACGAGGCGAAGAAUGAAAGACUCAGGGUCAAAUGGUUGGGGAGUGCCGUGACUGAAUUAAAAAAUGAAUUUGCCGAAGUAUUACGAAUGCGUAAUGCUAGUGAAGAACUUGCCCAACGUGGACAAAUAACAAAUGAAAUUGCAUUAUUAAGAGGUGAUGUUGAACAAGUUGGUCGUGGUGUACGUGAUCUUGGUGGAAGAUUAACACAAAUUGAAGCAUCAAUUGGUGCAAUAAAAGCUGAUAUAUCAGCAGUUAAAGAAAGAGCUGGACAAGUUACUAGAAAUUGUGCUGAUGUUGCAAGUCAGUUGAGUACAGUACAAAUUGAAAUGAAAACAUUAAAAUAUGAUGAAAAUUUAGAAAAAACACAUCAAUUAUCAAGAAAUGAAAUUAAAACAUCUCAUGAAAAUGAUUAUAAUAAUGAAAAUCAUCAUUCAACACGUCAUAGUUUAUCACGUUUAUCAAUAUUAAAAAAAAUUGAAGAACGUCUUAAUCAUGUUGAGCAUAAAAUAGCAAUUGUAUCACGUAAACGUGGAAUGAUUGAAAAACGUGUUGUUUAUGAAAAAUCAGAUAAACAAAAUGAUGAAAUAAUAAAUAAUAUAAAAAAUGAAUUAACAACAAAAAUAACAAAUAUAAGUGAUCAUAUUAUUGUUAUUGAUGGUAUAAUUGAUGAUUUAAAAUUAGCAACAAUGGGUACAGUUGAAACAAUUGAAGAUAAAAUUGAACAAAAUGUAUCAGUAUUAAAACGUGAACUGGUACGUCUUGAUGUUAAUGCUGCUAAAAAAAAUGCUGAAUUAUCAUUAACACGUGAAGAACUUGGUAGUUUACGUAGAACAAUACAAGCAUUAAGUGUAUCAGCAUCAAAAUUACAAGAAAAAAGUGAUAAACAACAAAAUUAUAUAACAAAACUUGAUAAAAAUAUACAUGAUAUAUCAAUAUUAAAUAUAUCAAUUGAUAAAGCAAUUAAUGCAACUCAUGAAUUAGAACAUGUUGAAGAUGAAUAUAGAUUAAUGGUUGAUGCAUUACCAGGUAAUUGUGAUGAACGUGAUGGUUUAACAUUAUUAAGAAAUGGUCAAGGUAUGCCAUUACUUGUAUCAUGUCAUUCUGGUUGGAUUGUUGUUGCUAAAAGAGUUGAUGGUAUUGUUGAUUUUGAUAAAACAUGGAAUGAAUAUGCCAUUGGUUUUGGUUCACCAAUUAAUGAAUUUUGGGUUGGUAAUGAAGCACUACAUCGUCUUACUAGAGAUAAUUGUACAAAAUUAAAAAUUGAUUUAAUUGAUAUUUAUGGAACAAAAUGGAUUGCUGAAUAUAAUAAUUUUAUAAUUGGUUCAGAGGAUACUGGUUAUCGUAUACAAAUUAGUGGAUAUAGUGGUAAUGCAACUGAUGCAUUAUCAUAUCAAAAUGGUAUGUCAUUUAGUGCCAAGGAUAAAGAUAUGGAUAUAUCAACUGCUGAUUGUGCUGCUAAUUAUCAUGGUGGUUGGUGGUUUAGUAAUUGUCAACAUGCUAAUUUAAAUGCUAAAUAUUCACUUGGUUUAACAUGGUAUCAAAAUGAUAGUAAUGAAUGGAUGGCUGUUUCUGCAUCAACAAUGUCCAUACAAAAAAAACAACAUUGUUAAUUUUUAUCAUCAAUACAAUAAUUACAAUACUUAUUUAAAUGAGAAAAACAAAAAAAAAUAUAUUAAAUUAUAUUAGCUAUAUAUAUAUAUAUUAUUAUUUUUUUUUUUUUUACCAACAAAGGACAGAUAAUUUUUUUUUUUCAAUAAUAAAUUAUAUAUCUGAUCAUAUUUUAGUCCAUGACAAAAGUUUGAAACCAAUCCAAAAGACAAUCCAACUUUUGUAAAAAACAAACCAAAGAAUUUUUCGUCCAUAAGAUUUAUUUUU